AUGUAUGAUCCUAAAACUAUCUUUGAUUUUGAACAUGAUGGGGCUCGAUGGCCAUUUCGGGGACAAAAACCUGCUGCUUUAUCUUUAGCUGCAACAGUAGAUAAUGCUUUUACCUUUUAUCAGAACCACUACUUAGGAUUAAAAUAUUCUUUUAGUAACAUUUCUGCAAAUAUUUAUAAUCACCUAACUGAUUUUGGUCCAUUCUAUAAUCAUGCACCGGAUGACUCGAUUUCUUAUGAUAUAACUGGCACAUUACAAUUAUUCACUGAUCAUUUUAAUUUGAAUUUACUCAAAGUAGGAACAAUCUUUCUUGACUCA